GUGCAGAACGGGCGAGGUCCGUGGCGCGGUGCGAUGGAGAACGGAGCGGUGUACAGCCCCACCACCGAGGAGGACCCGGGCCCCGCCAGGGGCGCCCGGGGCGGCUUGGCCGCCUACUUUUCACUGGCGCGGCUUCCGUGGCACCGGCGCGUCCUCAAGAGCCUGCAGCUGCUGCUGUCUCUGCUGGCCUUCAUCUGUGAAGAGGUUGUAUCACAGUGCACUUUGUGUGGAGGACUGUACUUUUUUGAAUUUGUGAGCUGUAGUGCCUUUCUCCUGAGCCUCCUCCUUCUGAUUGUUCACUGCACUCCAGUGCACGACAGAGUCGAUGCUGAAAAAGUCAAAUCAUCGGAUUUCUACAUUACCUUGGGAACAGGAUGUGUAUUUCUGUUGGCAUCUAUCAUUUUUGUUUCAACCCAUGACAGAACCUCAGCUGAAAUUGCUGCAAUUGUGUUUGGAUUUAUGGCGAGUUUUAUGUUCCUGUUUGACUUUGUUGCUAUGCUCUUUGAAAAACGACAGGAGGCCCAGCUAAGAAAACCUGAGACUGCUGGUAGAGCAGAAGCCCUCACAGAACCACUGAACGCUUAACACUGAAGAACUGGUGCUGCAGAACAGAGCGGCCAUUCCCCAGCUGCCUGCGCUCUGCAGGAGCUCUGCUGAACUUGUAUGAUUAAUUGUUUAAGCCACUUCUUCUGGAGGGCAAGGGCAAGAAGCAGUUCUAUCAAUACUGGUUUGUGUGGCUGUCACUGCAAAUUGGGUCACGGGUUUUUUAAAAUAAGUAUUGAAACUUGUCUCAAGUGGAGGCUUUUUUGUAGGAGAGGAGGACAGUUGUUUCCUUAAGUCAUGUAGGUCAACUGAUGAUAAAGCUGUCAUUGUGUGGCAGGACAUUCUGUUACAGGCUUAGCUUCUAAAUUAUGCUUUAUAGCUCUAUAAACAGCAUGAUCAUACUCAUGUAUUUAGAAAUUGUUUCACUUUUAAUUUGCUUACCUAUUAAUGAUUUGUGCUGAUUAGACUAUGUUUUGUUAUUGGAAAUUUAAUGUUUAUAUGAGAUCAGUGCUUAAAAUAUUGGUCUGGGUUUUUUUCCAUAAUAUAUAUAAUACUUCGCUUUAUUGUAUCUCACUCAGCCUUAAAAUUCUGUGGUAACAUUUUAGAAUAAUUACUAACUCUUCUGAGACUUUGCCUAGCCUAAUAGGAAAUGUAUGGAAGAUGUUGGCAUUUUAUGCAUGUAAAAGCAACAUCAGCAGCCUCAUGUUCAUGUUGCACUUUGGUUGUUGAGAUCAAGUGAAAAGAAAGAUCAUGUAAUACAUAGAAAUAUUGAAGAAACUGAUAAUCUCACCUAAGGAUCAAAGACAAACAAGAUAAACUUUUUGUUCUCCAGUACAGUGGAAGUAAUUUUAAAAACAGGCUUUGACUGCUUAGUACUUAAGUGAAGAAAGAUGAGUUCAUACUAUGAGUUAGAAAACUGUCAGUCUACCACUGGCUCAAGUGGUAGAGUGCCUGCCCAGCAAGCACAAAGCUGUGAGUUUAAACCCCCUUGCCACAAAGAGAAAGAAACAGUCUUUCACUCUGUAGGCAUAUGAUUAUUUCUACUUGAAUUAAUGCAGCUCCAUGGGCCUUCUUUAGGGUUUUCUUUGAGCCAUUCUUUUUAAAACCCCUGCCUCUGAUUUCUCUUUGAGAUGCUCCCUUUUCUGACUUUUUAUCAGAAUGGUCCAUGUGCUCUUUCACAUCUGGCAGAGGUGAGCCUCUGGCUUUUAUUCUUUCUCAUAGCCAGUUGUCUUCACAUGGUCCAGAAUCUUAGGCCUUCUCAGGGCAUGUCCUUGUUCCCACCUGGGCAUUGCUUGAAUUUAUCUUUAGAGGAGACAUCUUAAGAAAGUGAGCCUCCAGAAACCCUGCUCACAUUUGUUCUGUUGACCUAAGGGAGUAGUCAGACCAUUCCCAAGAGACUUCACAACUACUUUUGAUAAUUGAUAAUUGUCUGCUGCAGGCAGGUUAUGUUAGAGACACACAGGUGCAACCUUUCUGCCCAAAUUGUACAGACUAGAACCUUUUGUCAUUUUAGAGAUUUGAUCUGAGAGUCUAGUGCUGUGAUGAUGAGUCUGUAUGUCAAGUCCUUCUGUACUUUGGUGGAAGUUUCCCAGGCUGGGUCUUCUCUCUGAAACCUUGAAUCAUGUUUCUAGGGAUAGAAUUGAAUGUCUCCAUCCUUUUUUAGUUUUUCACCUGACAUUUAUAUUUUAAAGAUGGCUUUCAGUUACAUGAAUGUGGCUAUUGUAGUUUUCAGAAAUUGGUCAGUCUGGGCAGACAGCUCCUGCUCUAUAUUACUGACUCAGUACCCUACUCAUUUGUAUUAGAGUUUGGAUUUUAUGCUUGAGAGAUGAUGAAACCAGUCAUGGAUGCUGUUUUUACUAGGCAUGUCAUCUAAGAGGAGAAAUAGUGGAGUCUUGGGAACAAAAUAAAGACUGAUUCAAAGGGAACCAGUUUAUGGUAGGCACUUGUAGAAUUUCACACUAAACUGUACUAUUAGUCAUUUUAAAUGUUACCUAGACCUAUCUAGAAUUCACAGCAAAUUAUCUGGGCUACCUCAGUCUCACCACCUGUGCUAGUCAGCUUUCUGUUACUAUAAUGAAAACCUGAGAUAAUUAUUUAGAUUUAUUUAGGUUCACAGUUUUGAAGGACAUGAAGUCCACGUUUUUUGGACCUGUGGUGGGGAAUGUGUGGUGGACCAAGUUUCUUGCCUCAUGGCAUCCAGGAAGCAAAAAGGGAAAGAGUGGAAGAGACUAAGGUCUUACAGUGCCCUUCAAGGGUAAGCCCCAGUGACCUGUAUGUAACCUCUGCUAGUCUACCACCUCCGUGAUACCAUUCUGGGGAAUAAGCCUUUAAUACCUGGGCCUUUAGAGGACAUCCCAGUUCUGAACUGUAGCACCACUAGUGAGUACACUGGCUUAGUCAGCAUUGACAGAUAUGUUCUGAGCUGGCUUCACACAUGUGGAAAGUUUUCGUGGGGCUCACGCUGGGCUUUUUCUGAGGGUUCACCUUCAUUCCUUCCAUUGGUGCAGAAGGACCUCUUAAUUGGACUUGAGUUUUGGUCAGUCUUAGAACCUUCUAUCUUACUGUUUUUAAUGGGAUGUAUGCAUGGUCAGCCUUUCUGUUCUAUUUGGAAGGAAAUAGGAGUAAAAAGACCUGUGGUAAGUAAACUCAAAGGGAGCGUUGACCAGAAACUGCUGUUACGUACAGAAGAGGGCAGCCUCAGCGAACCCAAAUUUUAGGAUAAUUUUUAAUUAAUAGCUGUGGCAAGUUUGUUAUAUUUUACACAAACAGAUUGUUUGGAAUGGUUCUUAAGAAUUAUAAGGGAAAUGUACUUACAGUACAAAAACUUUAUAAUUACUGUACUUAAAUUGUGCUUUAUUGGGGGACUGGGAAAUGUAUUUUUACAUUGUUUAUAGCCAAUCAUUUUUGUAUUUGUCAACUUAAAUCCUGUGGGUCUUUUUUUAUCUCUCUAAUAUCAAAUUUUAUAGUGUACUUUUAAAAUAAAUCUAUUUAAUUAAAAUGUUCUAUCUUGAUAGUUGUUUAUUGCAGAAACAUGUUUAAAUGAAACUUUCUGCAUGGUUUUGGGAGUUGGGUGUACAACUUUCUCAAGUGCCUACAUAGACUACUAGAUUGUGGAUAUACCCCCGAUGUAAGAGGAGAGGCAAGAAAAGACAAACCAUUCCCUGUGUGAGAAACAAAUCCCUUCCCUCUCACUGGGAGGUUAGAAUGCACACUUAAGUUUUUGCUGGAUGGGUGGGAGCACACCUGUAAUCCCAGCACUCAGAAGGCUGAGACGGGAGCAUUGUGAAUCUGAAGCCAACCUGGGGACCUGGUGAGACUCUGUCUGAAAAAAACAAAAACAAAGCAAGCAAAAAACAUUUUUAGGGAGUCGUAUAUAAAAAGAUUGCUGUUGACUAACUGCCUUUACAUCUUUUGGAAGCACAUUUGGGCUGUGCACCACACUGCUAGAUGCGGCUAAUAACAGUGCCACAAAUAAAAUGGGCUCACUCUGUUUGCAACUGUUCAAUGCCGGAGAGAGUGUGAAGCAAAACCAGGGAGGUUCUGGUGAAGCUGGAACUGUUUGUGCAGUUUGCAGAAUUCCUGCCUCCAGUCUGUGAGAAUAACAAGGCCUUCAUAGUCAUCGGGAACUGCUGGAAUUUGUGCAUUCUUCAGAGGUUUUUGUUUUGUGUCUAUAGAGAGCAUUGUAUUUAUGCAGUAAGCUGUAAGGAACAGAAAACUUAAUUCAAUGUAUCUUAAACAUUAAGGAAAACUUCACAAGAAAUCUGGGCAGGAGUGCCAGGUGCAUGCCUGUAGUCCAGCUGCUGAGGAGACCAAAGCCUGAGGACCUGCCUUGGCCUCCUGAGGGCUGGGAUUGCAGGUGUGUUCCCACCACACCCAGAAAAAGUGUAGUUUAAAUUAUCUUCCCACAAGAAGGGGAGUUCUUGCAUAGGAAUGGGUUUGUUUCUUUCCUUGCUUCUCCCUUUACACCUGGGCAGAUCCACAGCCUAGUAUUCUGUGUAGGCACUAAAUAUGGUUGAAACUAUCUCCCACAACUCUGCAGAAAGUUCAAGACCAGCCU